AAAUUUCUUUCAAAACCCAUUCAAAACAUCCUUCCAAAAACUUUCCCUCCUCCCUAGCUAUUUCUCAUCCCUAACUUAAAGAACAUAUUUGCAAUUCAAUACUUGUGUGUUAUCUAUCCACUAAUCUAUCAACUCUGCUUGGGUACACUCCAUGUUACCAAGUUACAACAAUAUUUGCAUUUUACAACAAAAAGAGUUGAACUAUUCUUCCUUAUAACUUAUCAAUUUUCUCCAAGGUGACUCAGUUGCUUUUUUUUCUUGUAACAUCUUCAUAUUUUCGCUUGGUCUACUUGUAGUUUCAUCUGGAAAUGAGAAACUGCUCCCUUACAAGGUUGCUUUUGCACAAGUCAAGCAGAACCUUUCAUGACACUGCCAAAGCUUUGAAUCAACAACAUUUAUCAAAGUGGAAAGCCACAUUGAAGGAGGAGUUGGCAGUUAUUGUUCCCAAUGACAGAGAAAAUGCGUGCAUAUACAGGGUCCCCGUUAACAUGCGUGAGGUGCAACCCGACGCCUAUGCUCCUACUAUCAUCUCAAUCGGUCCUUACCAUCUUGGACAGGAAAGGUUAAUAGCAAUGGAAGAGCUGAAAUGGAAAUUCUUUCACCGCCUCUUUCGUCCAAAACAGCCUAAUGGGGUGGAACUACACCCAGCGAUGAAAGCCAUGGAAGAUUUGGAGCAGGAUGCUCGUAGGUGCUACUGGGACAAUGCUGAGCAACAUAGUAAGGAUAAAUUUGUUAGGAUGAUGCUGGUUGAUGGCUGCUUCAUUGUGGAGCUCUUGAGAGAGUUGAAGCACAACAACUUUCACUGUGCUCCCUCUGUUCAAAGGUGGAUGCUGCCUACUCUUCGUCGGGAUUUGAUCAUGCUUGAAAACCAGCUUCCUCUUUUUGUUCUGCAGAAACUGUUUGAGCUGACCAAAAGAUCAGAAGAAUCAAGCGCAUGCUUGGAACAGCUUGCCCUUUGUUUUUUCAAUCCUCUAUUGCAGUCUCAAGGGGAUGUGAGGGCCGUGAAUGCACAAGGAAUUCAGAACACGUUGCACUUUCUUGACCUUUUCAGGCAAAGUAUCCUCCCAUUCCCUAAAAACUUAUCACAAGGACUAAAUACCAGCAAGACGAGCGAUUCGAGCAAUGCAGCAGAAGAGGGGAUUGACAUGGUGCGGUCCAUAACGGAGCUAAUGGAAGCUGGUGUCGUGAUUGAGAAAGCUGUUAAUUGUUCUCCACUAGAUGUAAGAUCCCAGGAGAGGUGGCUAAAAGUCCCUCCUCUCUACAUCGAUGAUCACAAGGGAACCCUGUUUCGAAACAUGGUGGCCUAUGAACAAUGCCAUCCCAAGUGCAAACCUUAUGUGACAUCGUUUUUGUUCUUUUUCGAUGGUUUGAUUAACUCAGCUGAAGAUGUGGGACUUCUUCACCACAAGGGGAUUCUUCACCAUUGUUUAGGUAGCAACGAAGAAGUGGCAAAACUUGUGAAUGGACUGUGCAAGGAAAUAGCAAGGGAUGGUAGGGAGUCUUAUUUAUGCAAAGUGGUACACGAUAUGAACACUUAUUGCAAUGGCUCCUAUGCUUGGUUUAGAGCGGGGUUGGUACACCAUUAUUUCAGAAGUUGGGUGGUAGGCAUCUCUACCCUUGGAGCUAUUAUAGUUGUUUAUGUCUCACUAAUUCAAACGGGAUUUGCAUUUGUAGAAGAUCCGAAGAAUCUUAACAGACCUUUUUAUCAUGACCUAAUUCAUUGCCUACUUCUACCUCUCAGUCAUUUGUUUUCUUUCAAAAUUAGAAAUGAGCAUGAGGAUAUAAUUUGGAUGUAUUCGGUUUGAUUUAUGUUCUACUAUUGUUGAUAUUGUAUCAUGUCAAUAAUUUUCUUAUUUUUCUCUCUCUUAAGUUAAUAGAAUUGAUUGUCAUAUUAUAAUAAA